UUUGUCAAUGGUGAACUGCGUUUUCUUGAACUGUAUUAACUUGAAUAAAUCAAUCGGAUAAUGUUCUUGAACGAUUUGAUUCAACGGAGACUCGUGUCUCUGUUACAGCCAUGGUUAAGAGACGAAGUUGAAUUGAAUGUUCAGCUAGGGUUUCUUCAUUCUCACGCAAACUUGGAGAACCUUACCUUCAACACCUCUGCACUCAACGACUUGUUAGAUGAUCCUACUCGCUUGUGUUUCAAAGAAGUCACUGUCCAACGGUUGACCCUUCGUGUGUCCAACUGGUCAGCUCCUGCAUUUGAUUUCCAAAUCCAUGGCCUUAAUAUAGUUUUAUCAGUCGGAGAAGAGGAGGAGGAUGGUGUUAGGCGGAGGCCAAAACCCAGAGACUCGUCCAUUGAGGAGCGGGAAAAGAUUCUAGCGGAGCUUGAUCCAGAGGGUAGUGCUUUGCACAAUACCAUUAGGAGGAUUUCAGAAAUUACUGCAGGAAGUUGGACCACUCAUUUAUUCGAUUGGAUAUUACAACAGUGUCGGUUGCAAGUUCAUGAUGCUCAUUUCCUUGUGCAGUCUCCUUUAUCAAGUGAUUUAUCGUCGCUGUCAUUUGAGAUGAAGGAACUUGGGGUACAAUGUAAACACAUUAAGGGCUGUCUUCUAACUGGACUGGUUAAUUCAAUUUUUCUGCCAUAUGGAGAGAACUCUUUUGAUCUCGAUGUUCAAAAAGUAGAGAUCAGCUUGAGGAGAGGAAAUCAGAUUAGUUGCAUUUUUCUUUCAACUGAUUCAACUAAGUUGCUAGCUUCUGCGAAAAUAAAACAUCUUCAGUUCAGAGAAUUAGACUUUUAUGCUGUCGCAUUGAAUUUUUCUUUAUCUCCAGCAGAUAUUUCCAUCAUACUUUUACUUUUUGCAUUGUGGUCGAAAGAAUCCAACCGUAGCAGAACUGGUAAGCAAUUAUGGGAAAUAGCAGCAACAAAUAUUACUUCUCUGAAUUCAUCUCCAAAGUUUGCAUUCCAUAAAAUUGCUAGCACUAUGUGCUUAUGGUUGCGUUAUGUAAAUGCUUACAAAAAAAUGCUUAUAUUGGUUGGAUAUCCGGUGCAUGAUGCGAUAAAAAAAUUCACUAAUGAUGCUGUUCAGAAUGAAACAUAUUCAAGAACUCUUAAGCAACAGUUGGAGGUGAUUUCUCAAAUUGAGAAGGAACUACCUGUUGAGGCCAUUGUGCAGGCACGAAGAAUAAUCCGUUAUAGAGCAGCGUCAUCUGGUCAACAGUCAAAGGGUGGUGGUCACGGAUCUAAGUUGAGCAUGAUUUGUUGGAAAAUCUGCCAAUCACUUUCCCUUAUUUGGAUGGUCAUUUGCAGUGUGCUCCAUUCUGUUAAAUGCCUUCUCCCCUUGAAGAAAACGUUGGUCAGGAACCAAGAUAUCUGUCACAAGCUUGGAAUUAUAAAUGAAGAUCACAUCCUAGGAGUUCACAUUUGCCUAUAUGUCGGAGACUUUUCAAUUUCAAUUUCACCAGAUAAUGAAGUUUCACCAUCUUUUAGUCGGAAGCUGGUAUUAGAUGUUGGGCAUUCAUACCCUGGUUUACUCACAUUCUGCCUCUCUGUUGAUUUCUUCUGCUUAAGGUACUCUAAAGAUGUUUCUGAACAGUACUUCUCCUUUGCUUGUGGAUCCUUGAAAGUUGUCUCUUCUCUCAUGGAAGAUAAGGCCAAUAAGUUCAAUAAUAAUUUCAAAGGACGUCCGAGAAAAAAUAUUCACAAUCUGCAACCUACUUUAUGGGGGGAGCCUUACCAUGUUCUCCACUUCACUGAAAGUGGUGGGGCUAAUCCUCCUCAUGGUACUGGUGGAGAUUUUGUACAUACACCAAACUCUUUUGUUGAGCGAGCGUGCAUGAAUUGGAGAACAUUUUCGUCAGGGUUUGUAGAAAAUGAGAUCCAGAACAUGGAGAAUCCUUUUAUUCUCUGUGAGAUUAAGGGUUUUUUGACUGAUCAAAGUCUCAAGAACCUUACUGCUGGAUACACUACUUGUUGUAUGGUAAUGGGGAGGUUGAAUUUGGUUCUGGAGUAUAUUGUAAUAGUGUCAGUUACAGUUAUUUGCAGACAGGUUAGUGUAAUAUCUUGGGCUACAAGCCGCAUGGGGACCACUGUCUUACAGGGUGAUUCUAGAUUAGUUGAGGAUCCACCAGUUGCAGAUUGGAAUAACAAAUACAAAUCAGUUUGUGCUGAAAUUAAGGUUAUGGUGCCUAGGCUGCUUCCUGAGAAACAUAUGCAAAUAGCAAUACACAUUACUGGUCCUCAAAUCAAGCUGUUAUUGAGGAAGGAGGAUUUUCAUGGUGAGAAUGCAGAUCUGUAUAAUAAGCUUGCGAAUGAUGAAGUAAACCUUUCUUUUGAUGCUGAUGACAUUGAACUGAGCGUCUCACCAAGUUUGGAGUCUGAUUUAACUUCCUCAAGUGGAGAUACUGCAGUUGUUGAUGCAAAAUCGUUGAAGGACCUUCAGAAUAUUGAUAUUGCUAAAUCAGAUGGUGUUAAUAGCAGUCAAGCAUGCACUUCACUUUCAGCCUACUUGAAACUUAAAGGUCUGAAUGUUUCCCUCGACACAGGGGAUAAUCAGAGUUGCCAAAUUGUCGUGUUAAAUCCCUUAACUAUCCGACUGUUAUCUUUAAGGAAGGAUCUGCAUUCAUUGGGAUCAAUAGAUAUUUUUUUCUCUAUAGUAUUGCAUGCCACGGGUUGUGGACUGACGACUCGGGUAUUUCUGGAUGAAUUUGCAGUUUUGCUAAAGGUAAUAUCUGGUCUACUGUGUACAGUUGUUCAAGUUUUCAGUACAUCAAGUUUAGGCCUUAGCCAAAGUUGUGAAGACUUAUUAAGGCGAGAGUCUACUGAUUCUGAAAAUGAAAGAGCACUCAAAAAUAGAAUCACACAAGUAGCUUCAGUUCUUACUGAUACUACAUUCAAUGUUAGUACGACAUGUGAAAUUAGCUCAGUGAAAAUGAUCCUUUACGACUCUAGGAAAGGAUAUAAUGCGCAAAAUAGCAUGUCAGAUGCUAAUACUAUAGCUGACAAGAAGUCAACAGUGCAACCAAUCCAUGGUUAUGGAAUUAACGUAUCUGUUGCACAUUCAUUUAUCAGGCUCUCUUUUGAAGAGGAAAAAGCGGACAUUCUCAUUAGUUUUUCUGAGUUUGAAUCUGGUAUAUCCCAACAUCCGGAUGAGAUUUUGGAUACUUCUGACCAAGUUGAACCACAGUUGCCUGUUUGGUCUCACAAUUCCUUAUAUCAAGCUUCAUUGUCUCAUUGUGAAAUUAGUUUAUGUUUGAGAGCCUUAGCGAACAAUAUUCUGCAGGCCAGUCAGAGAAAUGUAGUGAAUGGUUCCGACUCCAGACAUGAUGCUUCAAUGUCCUUGAAUCAUUCACCGUCGUUAAUAAACGAUGUAAAUCCUUCUUUUGAUUGGUUAUCUAUAAGCAUUUCUUUAGCUGAAGUUUAUCUGGUCAGAUGCGCAGUAAAGAGCUUACUACUCCUCCAAGGGAAUGAACUUAAUACACUUGAAGCAUCUCUUUCUGUUGGUGGACAAUUUCAGACAAUCUCCUGUCGGUCCCAGGGGGGUUCGAUCAUUGUUGAUAUAGCUGCUUUGGUGAAAAUGGUAGAAUGCUACGCCUUCUACUUUAAUCAGUUGGGAGGCCUUUGGCCAGCUGUGACAGAACAUCUAGUUGUUCAGAAUGAUGAGGAUACUAGUCUACGCAGGAUCUCUUCCUACCAACAGUUGGAGCAACAUAAACUAGUUAACUGGGACCAGGUGGAAGCAUUUGCCGUGAAUCUUUCACGGGUUUCUCUGGCAUUGGUGGAUGGAGAACAAUCUGGUGAACUUCAAAAGCUUCAGCUUGAAGGUAACGGUAACCUUGAGCUUGAACUACCAAGGAAAUUCUCAUUUCGCAUAACGAAUUUGUCAGUUCUUUCUCAGUUACUCCAUAUAUCUACUGAACAGCAAAGCCAAGAACUGAGUACCCCUUUCUAUUCUUCCUUGGAAUCUAAUGAUCAAUCUUCCAUCAUUGUACAUGAUGAUAGUUUAGUUUCUCCCGAUCACUUGAGUGAAGUUAAUUCUGUCAUGGAUGAAGCAAGUAGCUCAAGCCCCCCAGAACUGGGAAAUCGAUAUCAUGCAGAUGGUUCAAGAAAACCUUGGGGUGGUACAAGUUCUCAAAUUUCACUUGCCACUCCUCAGAACUAUGUUUUAAAAGAUUUAAAUGCUAUUCUGGUGGUUGAGCAGCCUUUAAAAAGCAGUGGGAGUACUCCUUUGCAGUCAAAUGACUUUUGGAUUGGCAGUGGUUCUAUAGAUGGUUGUGACAUGACCCUCACACUGCGUGAAAUACAGAUUAUACUUUUUGCUGGGGAAGUUUUAUCUGCAGUCUUUAGCGUAGAAGCAACAAAAAGCAUAGAGCAGCAAACACAUCAAAAGAACAGUGGAGAAUCUACUAGAAGUCUGGAUGAAAUGGUUCCUGAUGGAACAAUUGUUUCUAUCAAAGAUGUCGACCAACAUAUGUAUGUCGCAGUUGAUAGGGCAGAAAGUGGCUACAAUUUAGUUGGUGAGAUCCACUAUUCGCUUGUUGGAGAGAGGGCUUUGUUCAGGGUGAAGUAUCACCAAACAAGAAGAUGGAAUUCACAAGUUCAGUAUUUGUCCUUCAUCUCGCUAUAUGCUAAAGAUGAAUCAGGGGAACCAUUGCGGUUGAAUUGCCAUCGACAAUCCGAUUUUGUUGACAUUUCCAGUUCUAGUGAUAGUGCCUGGGCACUUUGGAGAGCGCUUCCAUACAAACAUGACAUUUAUGAUGCUGAUGUUGACUUGAAGACAUAUCUUCCGCAAAGUAAAAAUGUAUUUUAUCUUGUGAACAAGAAGAAUGAUUGUGCUGCAGCUUUUGUUAAUGGGGUCCUGGAAGUUGUCAGAAAACCUGGACAUCCGUUUAAGUUUAAAGUAUUUCGUGAUCCUUCUCCAUAUGUUAACAAUGUUUUUUUGGAUGGGUGUCUAGAGAAGGAACCUGGAACAAUCUUGCUACAUGAUUCAUAUAUAAGUGAGGGAAAAGAUCUGAGUCAGCGAGGAAGUUCUUUUGGUAUUACUGUGGCAGUAGACAAGGUUUCUUUGACCAUUGUUUAUGAACUUUCUGACUCCAAGGAAAAGGUUCCCCUCCUCCAGGGUUCUAUCAGUUUUACUGAAGUUGUUAUACAGAUAUCAAAUACUAAAGUUCGGGCUAUGAGCAGGCUGGGGGUUUUGAUGUAUUAUUUUGACUCCCAGAAAGAUAUGUGGAGAGACCUCAUGCAUCCAUUAGAAAUUGAUGUUUUCUACCGUUAUACAUUUCUGAACCAGGGACCAGAAAAUAUUAUCCUCUGGGUGCCUGGCCAUUUCUAUGCUAGAAUUAAAGAGUUGAGUAUGACAAUUACUGAGCUUUCAUUGGACAUUAUUCUCUUUAUCAUUGGGAAGUUGAAUUUGGCUGGUCCGUACGCUGUCAAGGACUCGACAAUUUUGGCCAAUUGCUGCAAGGUUGAAAACCAGUCAGGCUUAACCCUUGUUUGUCAGUUCUACGAUAAUCAAGAUGUAUCAGUUGCAGGAAGACACGCCACUACCAUUUUCUUGAGGCACAUGGCUUUGGCAAAUCGACCUCCGGAGGCAUCAUUUUUCUCUAUCCAGCUUAUAGAGCGAGGAUUACUUUCUACUUCUCUACUUCAUCUUUCGCUAUUGGAAACCCAGUCAUUUGCAUGGAGACCACGUAUCGUAUCUCUGCAAGAGUCAAAAACUUACCCUGGUCCAUUUCUUGUGGCUGAAGUUUCACCCGGGACUGAGGAUUACUUGUCAAUUGUCGUGUCUCCAUUACUUAGGAUACAUAAUGACACCAAAUUCCCAAUGGAGCUGCGUUUUCAACGUCCUCAGCAUAAGGAAAUUGAUUAUGCUUCUGUGAGGCUUGAGGCGGGGGACACAAUCGACGAUUCUAUGACAGCCUUUAGUGCCAUAAAUCUCUCUGGGGGACGGAAGAAGACACUGAAUUCUUUGAGUGUUGGUAACUUCCUUCUUUCUUUUAGACCUGAAGUUACAGAUGUCUUGACAAAUUUUGAGAACCCAUCAGCUUGCUGGUCAGAUGAUCUUAGAGGUGGAAAGCCUGUUAGACUAUCUGGGAUAUUUGAUAAACUAACUUACCAAGUGCGGAAAGCAUUUUCUUUCCAACCAAUCAAAUAUUCCUUAAGUACGGCACAUUGUGCUAUUGUGUCAGAGGAUGGACGAGUUGCAAACAUUCAUUUUCUGGUCGAAAGCAUUGGGAAAGACGUACCUAUCAUAUAUCCAGAUAACUUUGGAUAUGUGCGUGUAGAUAAAAAUCCACCAGUUGCCUUGCAAGAGCAGAAAGAAAUAUUUCUGCUUCCUACUGUUCGCUUCACCAACUUCUUAGAUAUGGAGAUUCAUGUGAAACUCAAUGAUACAGGUCUGCCAUCUACUAAUAGUGUUGACUGCAUAUGCAAUGAGGCUACUAUUCACUCUGGGUCGGCUGUCAACUUACAUGCAAAUCCUGCUGCAAUUUAUUUCACUGUUACCUUAACUUCAUUUGGUACAAGCUGCAAACCAAUCAAUAGUAGUGACAGUGCGAGAAGGCUGCAGAAGCGCAAAACUAAAGUUCAGUUUUUGGAUAUCGAAUUAGAUUUUGACAAUGGGAAGUAUUUUGCAUUACUGAGAUUAUCUCGUGGACUAAGAGGGAUAUUGGAGGCUGCUGUUUUUACUUCUUACACCUUGGAGAAUAAUACCGAAUUUCCCUUAUUUUGUUUUCCUGCAAAUCAUAAGCUUGUUUCUAGGCAUGCCGGGGAAAAUAUUGCUUCCCUAGUGUCUCCAGAAUUAGGAUCUUAUCUUCCUCCCAGAUCAAUAAAAUCAUGGCUCAGCAAAUGCCACAAGGUGCACAUCACACUCUUGGAUGAGAGAGCUUCCAAAGCACCCUUGAACUUGGAUGUUUUAUCAGGCCUUACAGGGUUGAACCUUGAAGUGGAAGGAGAAUAUGGUUCCAAAACUGUUACGAAGUUAGGAGUCUCUUUGAAACCAUCUGCUAGCAAAGUAGUUCCACUGCAGGUUGUAUCAAUGUAUCCCAGAUAUGUCAUACUAAAUGAGUCAGACGAAAUCAUCACUGUCCGUCAAUGUUUCGUGGAGGAGGAUGGCACUGACACAGUUGUUACACUCAACAGUAAACAGAGAACAGCAUUAACUUUGAGGAGUAGAAAUGAGAUAACAACAAUGAAAAGAAACCCCUUCUUAGAGAAUUUCCUCAAAAAACAUGCAAAAUCCCAUAAUGACUCAUCAUUUUUUGUUCAAUUUCAACCAAAUAAGGCCAAUUUCUCCUGGUCAGGACCAGUUUGUAUUGCUUCACUUGGACGAUUUUUUCUUAAAUUCAAGAAGUCGUCUGAUUCUGUUCAACAAUCAGAUCUUGCAACACAGCAUAACUCAGACAUCUGUGAAUUUGCCACUGUUCAUGUGGUUGAAGAUGGUCCUACAAUUGUAUUACGCUUCUGUUGGCCAGCAAAUAUAGACCUGCCUUACCGGAUUGAGAACCACUUGGAAAAUACUUCUAUUACAUAUUAUCAGAAGGGUUUACCAGAGCCGGAAGUUUUGGCAUCUGGAAGUAGUGCUGGCUAUGUCUGGGAUGACCUGAGACUUGACCAUAAGCUUGUUGUCCAGAUUGGCGCUGUACAUCUACAACGUGAAAUAAACUUGGAUAAAGUGCGUGAAUGGAAACCAUUUUACAGAAUUAAGCAACAGAGAGGUUUAGGGCUUCAUUUACCUCUGGAAAAGAAGCCAGAAGAUCCAAAGAAAAAUUGGUUUCGGCAAUUAACUGGCAUGGAGAUCAAUAAGCUAGGUUAUGAAGUAUAUGCAGAGGGCUUGACUAGGGUUCUGAGAAUUUGUGAGUUUUCUGAUAGACGAAGAAGGGACACUUCAUUCCAUUCCUGCACAAAGAUGCAGCUAAGAAUCUCCUGUUUUGCAAUUCAAUUACUGGAACGUGCAAAGCAAGAUGUAGUUGACAAGGAUAAGAGCAAUGCAUUGAUCUAUAAUCCAAUCAUUCUGGCAAGACUAAAUAGAAUAGACUUUGAUGCCGUGUUUGCUGAAAAGCACAAGCUCAACCAUCUCAGGGUACAGUCACUGAGUGUGGAGCCUAAGUGGGUUGGAGCUCCUUUUGCAUCAAUGCUUCGGAGGCACCAAAUAGAAAAUAUUGACACAAAUGACCGUGUACUCCGUGUUGGACUUGUUCUAGCUGCAUCAAGUUCUAGUGUCAAACAUGUCCAACACUUAUCAAUUGUGCUCCAGCCCCUUGAUUUCAACCUCGAUGAAGAGACAUUAAUGAGAAUUGUUCCUUUCUGGAGAACGUCCCUCAGAGAUACAAAUACUCCAAGUCAAAAGUAUUAUAUUGAUCAUUUUGAGAUCCAUCCUGUUAAGGUUGUGGCAAGCUUUCUUCCGGGGGAAUCUUAUGCUAACCAUAGCUCCACUCAAGAGACACUAAGAUCUUUACUUCACAGUGUUAUAAAGAUACCUCCCGUCAAAAAUAUGACUGUAGAGCUCAAUGGCAUCCUUGUAACUCAUGCAUUGGUCACUUUGCGGGAGUUGUCAAUUAAAUGUGCCCAACAUUAUUCUUGGUAUGCAAUGAGAGCAGUCUACAUUGCAAAGGGAAGUCCCUUGCUGCCACCGGCUUUUGCUUCUAUAUUUGAUGACUUAGCUUCAUCAUCUCUCGAUGUUUUCUUUGAUCCUUCUACUGGCCAUCUUAAUCUUCCUGGCCUCACAAUUGGUACUUUCAAACUCAUUCGUAAGUGUAUUGAUGGUAAAGAGUUUUCUGGAACAAAAAGAUACUUCGGUGAUCUAGGGAAAACUUUUAAGUCAGCAGGAUCAAAUAUCCUGUUUGCUGCUGUCACUGAAAUAUCAGACUCGGUUCUGAAAGGAGCAGAAGCUAGUGGUUUAAAUGGAAUGGUGAAUGGUUUUCAUCAAGGAAUACUUAAAUUGGCAAUGGAACCUACGCUACUGGGGAGUGCUUUCAUGGAAGGUGGCCCUGAUCGAAAAAUUGGGCUUGAUCGAAGUCCUGGGGUUGAUGAGCUAUACAUUGAAGGGUAUCUCCAAGCCAUGUUAGAUACAUUGUAUAAGCAAGAAUACCUGAGAGUCAGAGUCAUUGACAACCAGGUUAUCCUGAAGAACCUACCACCAAGCAGUUCUCUUAUAGAUGAGAUUGUGGAACGUGUGAAGGGAUUUCUUGUUAGCAAAACAUUGUUGAAAGGAGAUACUUCAACAGCUGCUCGUCCCUUGCGCCACAUGAGGGGGGAACGUGAAUGGCGAGUAGUACCAACAGUGCUGACCUUGUGUGAACACCUUUUUGUGAGUUUUGCAAUUCGGAUGCUACGGAAGCAAGCUAGUAAAGCAGUUGGGAAAAUGAAUUGGAAGCAGAAAGUGGAAGGUGAUGAUGAGAAAGCCAUUGUACCUGCAUCAGGACAAAAGCUCGACUUUGUAUGGAAAUGGGGAAUUGGAAAUUUUGUUCUAUCAGGGAUUCUAGCAUAUGUCGAUGGACGAUUAUGUCGCUAUAUAUCUAAUCCUAUAGCUAGAAGGAUUGUUAGUGGCUUCCUAUUAAGUUUCCUGGAGAGAAAUGACAAAUAACAUUUUCUUUUCUUAAGCUUUUUCGAGGUAAAAUAAAUAGCAAGUGCAUUUUAUUCAUAUGAGAGGAUAAUAGAUGGUCCUUACCCUUUCAUUUUGAUU